GAGAGAGCGAGAAAUAAAGAGGCGGUUGAAGAGCCGCUACAGUCCAGUCACUGAGAGCCAAGAGUGAGCAGGACGAGAAAGAGGAGAAGAUGAAAAAUUGAAUUGUCUUCCUCCUGGAUGAUCUUUUAACUUAUGAGCCUGACAGGAAUAUCACUGAAAAGGGAACAUCUUUUCAUUUAAGGCAAAAGAAAAAGCACUUUUUGUCCUGUGCUGGAAUGACUAUGGAACACAAUUUUGUCUUCAACAUCCAGGAGAAAAGAAGAAUAAAGACAAAGAUAUAAAAGAAGCUAAAGGAAGAAAAACAUUUUUGUUUGUGGUUUCUCAAAGAAGAAAAAGACACUAAAAACUAUCCAAAUAUCUUGUAUGAAAUAUAUCUGAAUCAAUGUUUACACCUAUAGAUGGGAAAAAGGAAAGUGGAAGACAAAAAGGAGAUUUCAAAGGAUCAAAAGGGAUGCAGGAAUCCCACUUUGGAAAACAGCAAAAGUAAGGAACUUGUAUUCGGAGAAAAAUUAGCCACACUGAGGAUCUAGUAAACAAGGUGAAAUCCCAAGGAACCAGUUUUAAAAUGGAUGAGUAAAAACACAAAAUGAUUAUUUAAAGGGAAAAGGAGAGGGAAUAACAAAGUUAAAGUGAGAAAGGGGUGACAAAAGAGGAGAGCAACAAUAGAAAGUGAUCUGAAAAAAAGACAACAUAAGAAAUCAAGAACCAGAAGAAGCUGACUGGGAAAAUGAAACAUCCUUUCCUCAUCUUCAUCCUCCACUUGGCAGCAGUGGCGUUGAUGGCAAAAGGCGUGCCCCAGCUGCAGCUGGAGCGCUGGGUGCGCUCGGGCCUGCAGUCCCUGCAGUGGGACCAGCUGGACCGCUGCCUCCGCUCCGCCUCUCACUCCGAGACCGAGUGCCGGCGUCUCGCACACCUGCCUCCCUCCACUGUGGCGGUCUACGCCUCUGAACCGCACACUGCCACUGCAGGUGCCUCUGACAAAGUUCUGGCCAUCCUCCCGGACUCUUACUCCUCCAAUGGGAUGAUCAGCUCCAAAUUCCGGGGUGCUUUCAGCAUCAGCCCAAUGGUGAACGGGAGGGAGAGCCGCCACAGGUACCAACCGCCUUUACCUGCCUCCAUGACCCACGACGCGGUGCUGGUGCUGGACCCGAGUCCAGGCGAGAACUUUGGACACCCGGUUGGCCUUUUCUACGUGGACCUCAACGUGACAAAGAAGAGAUGCUCCCACCUGGAUGGCAUUUACCUGGGAGAGGAGUGCUUGACUCAGGCCUUGAAAGGUCGCUGUCAGAACCAGCUGAAGCGUCAGCAGGCCGGGCCAGAGAGGCUUAUGGGUCAUGGGCACAGCUGGCUGCUGGGCGGAGCUCCACGCGGGGGUACUAUUAGCAGUCCGGUCAGUGGACGACUCUGUGAGGUCCACUUUCUCCCAUUGGUAGUCGGAGUUGGAGAUGGCAACCGGACCCAGAGGCUCAGAUGUGUAGAUCAUGCAGAAUUUUCCAGGUGCCCUCAAUCAGUACCAAUGGGGUCCCCCAGUUUGCCCAUCUCCAGCUGUGAGCUGAACAAAAACACCAGACGUUGUCACCAGCAGCCAUUGGCCACUCACCUCUCCUGCCGCCUUUACCAGACAUGCGACCAUGCUGUGCUUAUCUCUGGGGGUUGGCGGGAACAGAUGACAUUCCAGCGACAUUUGCAGAAUCUUCAGAGGUUUUACAGAAUGCUCCGGAUCAACGGUUUCCACAAAGACCAUAUCAAGACCUUCUUUGCCAGCAGUGGUCACAUUCCAGAAGACCUGGAUGGUGCCCACCCAGCCACGGAGAAGGCGGUGAUCCGUAACCAUGUGUCAUAUGUCUGUAGGAAACAGCACUGCGCCGACUCACUGGUACUCUACCUGAACUCGCCCACGCGCAACGACGGCACCAUGCUACUGUGGGACGCCAACCUCAAUGGCAUUGCUGAUCUGAAGGAGCGCUACUCAGUCAGCGAGCUGUUGACUGAUCUGGCCGGCUGCAGGGCAACUCGUGUUUUGUUGUUCGUGGAUCAGAGCUACAGCGGCGUUCUGUUCAAAAGGCUGCGAGGCUCCCAGAAACAUCUCAAUGUAGUUCUGAUCCAGAGCCAGAAAAUGCAGACGCAUAACUACCAGAGCCAGAGGGUGAGUACGGGCUGGGAGGACGGCAGCUGGGCUCACAUUGGACCGUCAACCUGCUUGCUGGACCACCUGGAGAAGAGUGCGGGUGCUUCCCACCUGCUGGACCAGUGGGCCGACCUCUUAAACAUCACCAUGGCAGGAGCUCCAUGCAACGCCACACCACCACUGACAGACAGCGAGAUGCGACGAUGGUACCAGGGAUGCCAGAACCUGCCGACCGCACUCUGGCACAGGAAGUAUCGAAGAAUCAACUAAAGAAGGGACAGAUUCCCUAAGAGACUGACCGGAAACAGAGAGAAAUAGUGGGAAAGACCUCACGUGCACAGAAAUUACAUGUUAGCGUUUAUCACAAGCAUGUGUAGCUGGACAGUAGAUGCAAUGCGUGUGGGUUUAGCGUGUGUUAGUUUGUGUGUGUGUGUGUGUGUAUGUGUUUUCUGCCCUAACGCUGAACUCAGACUGUAGCCAUGGCGAUGACAGCUCAUCCCAAGGGGGUGUCCUGAACCUGAACGCCAUUUGUGUUGAUAUGUAUGUGUGUGGAGGUUCAGCAAAAGGACAGCCACUUGGGUCAGUGUGCGUGUGUGUGUGUGCGCGUGCAUGUCUUUAACAUUUCACAACCGAUCACUUGUCUCCUUUUUUUGUCCACAGAAUUUUUUUUCUUUGCUUCCUCUUUUUGUCCAUCAUUCACCACUCACUCACACCUACUCACCUUUUUUCUCUCUCUCUAAUAUGACCUCAUAUACUUACCCUUUUGUCCAGCGCUCCCUUUAUUCUAUUGCUCUUCUGGCUGUACUUUGACUCUGUUCUCAACUUGAUUGGCUGCACACUAUUGUUAUCAUUUUGCAAAGAAGUUGAGAUUUUAACCCACAACAUUUUUACAUUCACUAUUUGAACCGUAUUUCCACAGAUAGUGGCUGGAGAUUUCGAGGCAGAUGUUGGGCGUCCUUUAUUUGUAAAUAAAUAAAUAAAAAGGUGAUUUGGGAAAUAUAGGGAGUGCUGUUCAUACGACUACGACUAACGCGAGUCGGAUCACACAGUCUCUACAACUAACCUAGUGUAUAUGCGCAUGAAUAGUUACAGAAAAUGUUUGUAUGGAAAGUGCAUGCCAAAAAUAAAAAAAUUAUCAAAUGAAAAACAGUUAGAAAAACAGAACAAUCCCAUACCUUUACUCCUGUGGUUGGAUUGUGCACUAGUUCAUUGCGUGCGAUUCGUACCCACAAAACAUUAUAUCGUAAACCCUGUUGAUAUUGAACAAAAUGACCAGUAUUUAACAAUUAAUGUAAGGAGGAAUAACAAGCAGCACGGUGGAAAAGUGAUGAGCACGUCUGUCUCAGAGUCGAGGGUUCGACUAUGGCCCGAUUGUUUUUUUCCAGUUAUUCUGGCUUCCUCCCACAUUCCAGAAACAUGCAUGUUAGGUUAAUUGAAGACUCUAGAUCAUAUAUGUCAAACUCAGGCCCAGGGGUCAAAUUUGGCCCACGAUCUAAUUAUAUUGGGCCCACAAGACCAUAUCAAAUGUGUAUUAGAGCUGGCCCGCCACUAUAUAGCACAGCGCCACUAAUAUUACAAAUUCCAGAAUGCUUUGCUAGUGUGUUGGCCCAUCAGUCUAGCACCUUCCCUUUCUGUUGCAGUCGUUAGCAACUAUGCUACCAGUCUCCUGGAGCGAAUUUACACUUCCCCUACCCAAAAAUGGCCAAACGAAAGAUGGAAAACGGUUAACUUCCAAGUGGGAGGCUGAUUAUCUGUUCACUAAAGUAAAAGACAGACUUGUUUGUCUUGUGUGGAGCAACGUGGCUGUAACAAAGAAUAUAGCAUAAUUGAAUUGUUGUUGUUUUUUUAAUGCCCUUUAUCAACUCCUAGGCAGGGACUGUUAAUAGUUUGAAGUUUGGAUUUUUAUUGAACGACAUUCAUAUUUUUUUGGGUUGUUUUGUUGUUGACCUUUGAAAAAAGAAAGAUAGUUGGAGAUAGAUAAAUAGAAGAUGGAGAGACAGAAGAAUUCAUGUUAUUUAUUUAAAUACAAAACGACAAACAAAUACCAAUGUCUUUUAUCGCAAAUUUGAUUUCUCAUGUUUAUACUAUUAAAGUUUAUUUAUUCCGGAUUUAGUGUUUGAGCAAAAUUUAAGUUUGUUGUCAUAUGAUAAACGUUAACGCUACAUUUCUGCAGAGAAGGGAAACGUGAUUUUUCAUUAAAUAUUGAGUUUGGCCCGUGACGUUGUCCCAUUUUUUCAUUUUGGCCCACCGUGAAUUUGAGUUUUACACCCCUGCGUCUAGAGCGUCCGUAAGUGUGAAUGUGACUGUCGAUGCUUGUUUGUCUGCGUGUCUUGUUUGUUUGUGUAUCCCGGCUCCAGCUCACCUGUGACCCAAAUGAGGAAAAGCACUCGAAAAUAGAUGGGUUGUAUGAAAAGUUCUAUGGGAUGACUAUUAUUACGGAGCAACCACAGGUUGGAGUCUACCGGAAUGCAAAUAAGACAAUAACAUAAGAUCAUCUUUAAUAUUGUCCAGGGAACUUAUUUACAACAUGAGUUGGUUUUCACUCUUUCACUGACAUCAUUCAUUUGAUGGAAGUGAAAUAGAUCUGGUAGAUUCUGCUGCUUUGGUUAGCAGCAGAGUUAAAAUGGGCUUCGAUAUGGAAGUUAACUCUUCCAUAUCUGUGUAUCAAUGAUAACCGCAAUGAGCAGAGAUAAUUAUGAGGUGUGUCAGAAAGGUUUCAAGACUGGUGUCACAAAAGAUAUACAGUACAGGUAUUUCAAACCCAAGCUACAAACUAUGAGUUUUCCCCUUCAAUGUAAUUGCCCUGGAGUGUAUAAUUGUGAGCUCAGCUCUCUGCAGCCAUAGAACUUUUUUCACAUGGCUAUCCUCUAUGUCAGGUUGUCAAGCAAUCAGCGGUGUGAGGUAUGACGAGAACAAUGAGACCGGACUUGCUAGGGAUCUUCGAGUACGACACAGAGACCAAAUGGUAUAGCCUUUAGUGGAAGAGUCUGACGUCGCAAACGCAGAAGAAAGCUAGACAGUCAAAGCUCAAAGUCACGUUGAUCACAUUUUUGAUGUGAAGGACAUGGUCUACUGAGAGUUCUCGGCACGGGGCCAGGCUAUCAACCGGUACGUCUACGAAAAUAUCCUGCGGCGUUUGCUUCGUUGAGUGUGCGAGAGAGGCGAGAGUUGUGGCAGGACAACUUAGGGGUGCUUCAUGAUGAUGCCUACUCACAAUGCCCUGGGCAUCCGACAGUUCCUCGCCGAGAAGAAUGUUACUUCUCACCCUAACCUGACCUGACUUUGUGCGUUUUUUUUUUUUUUUUUACUCUUUACUUUAAGAGGGUUUUUAAGGGGACCUGUUUUGAAGACAGAGAUGACAUGAAGAAGAAUCCCAGAAGAAUCCUUGCUGGAGUGCAUGAAGGCUUGGCAAAGAAGGCUGCGAAAGUGCAUGGGACUCAAGGGGAAUUACAUUGAACGGGAAAACUCAUAAUUUGGGUUUGAAAUACUGGAUAUCUUUUGUCCUGGAACCUUUCUGACACACCUUGUUAGUCAGCUACCAUACAUUUGUAUUCUGAAGUCAAAUAAAAAGAAGCCAAAUAAAUAGGGAGGCAUUUAUAUGUUAUAUUUUGAGGGACAGCCACUACUUGAGGAACUAGGUUGCAGGUAGACUGAGUCUUUACGCUGCAAUUAGCCGGUGCACCCCACCUUUUAUCCAAAAGCAGCUGGGAUUGGCUCCAGUUCACUCUAUUGAGGACAAGUGGUAUAGAAAAUGGGUUGAUUGAUGGAUUUGUCCUCAGAAAAAUGUUUUACUUGGGUUUCAAUGACUUGCCUAAAAGCAGAAAAACAACGGUGAGAGGACAAAACAAGAUCUAGUUUUUCAUGUUUGACAUACCAAAAUGAUGCCAGAUUUGAAAACGCAGAGGUGUCUUCAUGUGCCGAAUAGAGGAAGAAGAGUGAGGGGGACGCUGAGGACAUGGAAGCAGAAGCUGAGAUUGGCCCGCUACGAUCAUGAUUAAGAUAUGAAGCACUGAGACUGCCCUCGCUGCUACACCGGCUGCCCAUGGCUUUUUAAUAAGGGCACUGCUCCUGUGUGUGUAUGCGUGUGCGUGAAUGCUGAAUCACUUGAACUAGUGCAGACACUCUGGUAGGAACUCAUCACUGACAACAUGUCGUGUACCUUUUAAUCGCUGUUGUGCUGUACAUGACCUCGUGCUAUGUUUUUUUUUUUGACCUCAACUAACCAGAGACACUACAUGGACAAAAGUAAUGGGACACAUUCCACGUUACAAGAAGUGAAAAGUGAAGAAAAUGGGAAUUGGGCAAACUUUUCCUUGUAUAACUGUACUUUUUGCGUGUUUAUUUGAUUAUUUUUUGUUGUUGUUGUUCAUCCCAAUCAUGAUUGACGGCCUUGUUCUUCCAGACCGAACUAACAGGGAACAGAGAUGGGCCUUCCCCAAACAAACUUCUUAUUGGUUAUUUAACUGGUUAAGUUGUGUGCCUCUGAAUCCUUUUGUCCACAUAGUGCAUCACAACCUUUUUUGUGUUGAUGCUUGUUCACAUAAUCUACAGUAAAAGAUGGAAGCUAAGGAAACAUUACCAAAUGUGUUGUUUGACAGAUUGGACCAACCACCCAUCUUGUGUCCAAAAAGUAGCUGUGUGUGUAUAUUCACAAGAUGUGUACAGAUUAUAAAAUGACAAUUAAGCAGAAAUGUUUCUAGUGGCAUAGAGUAUUUCACAGAAUCUAGUCAAUAAAGAGCUUACAGAAAUCUAUACUGU